AAAUUAUUAAUUUGAACCUCUCCAUAACCUAUCUUCUAUCUAACCAACCAAUUUGAAGGUUAGCUUAGCACUUGUAUCACUGUCUCCCAGAGCUGCGAUAGAUCUUCAGAUUUAGAAGAUUUUAUCCAUAUAUUUGCAAUGGCCCAUACAAUCCUUUUGGUUCAACCCGGUGCAAACCCUGAAACCAGAACAUAUUCGGACUACGAGUCUGUAAAUGAUUGUAUGGAGGGCGUCUGCAGAAUAUACGAAGAGCAUUUGAAAAGGAGAAACCCCAACACUCCAACUAUUACCUAUGACAUAUCCCAGUUGUUUGAUUUCCUCGAUCAGUUAACCGACUUGAGCUGCUUAGUCUACCAAAAAUCCACAAACACAUACGCUCCGUACAACAAGGAAUGGAUUAAGGAGAAGAUUUACAUAUUACUUCGGCAAGCGGCAGGCCAUACGGACUAUAACUUAUGAAAAUGAAUUAAGUUUAAGUAUUUUCGUUUUUCAGCUGGUACGUCGUUGAAAUCACUGCAUACAUAAAAAAUUGCUCUCAAGCAAUUAUUAAAAUAUAUAUGCUAAUUUAAAUAUUCGAAGUAUGUUUGAGAAUCGUUUUUUGUAUGAAAGAAAUACUUUAAAUGAUAAGUUUGUAACUAAUUUCAUUAAUGGCAUAUUUGUCGAUUUCGGUAGGUUUUACUCAAUUUUGACUAGACAAUUAACUGAACUAUUUGGUCAAUUGGUCAAGUGGAAGGGAAAUGCCGUCAAAUGGUGUGCGUUCUUAAUUAAACUAUUAGACUAAUGUUAAAAUGUGUUAAGUUAAUUAUUUUUUGCCGGUUUUCUACAAAAACUUGUAGGUAUUAUUUGUGUCAGUUUAGUUUUUCACAUAAACAUUUCCUAAUUUUUUCCUCCGUAUGCUCUUACACCUAUAAUCUAUAGCUAAUGCUCAUCUAGACAGCUAAUGUUAAACAUUCUCACUUUUCUAUUCAUAUCAAAUACCCAGAAUUAUUUUUUUAGUUUCAGCUCAUUUGCUUGUUUAAGUUUACUUGUACAGGGUGAGUCUUUCGAACUGUUGAAAAUGGGUGAGAAAAAAGCAUUUUUUUCAGAAAUGGACUUUUGUUAUAUUUGUGGCACUGAUGGAAAAUUUGAAUAAUCGACUAACUAAUAAAUAUACGACGAUCAUACUUUACAUUGCAAUAUAUUCACUCAAUUUCUAAUGAGCAAAACUUCUUUAAAAGUUGUGCGAUUAAAAUUCUGUAUUAAUUUACACCUCAGCAAGAAAUUCUAAAAUAUGAGUCAUUCGAAACUUUUUCAUGUAAGAUCCAGGUAAAUACGGAUAAGCAAAAAAUCUGAAUCAUAUCAGAGCAGCUGCUAUUGCUUAUAGAGCCUCAGAGAAGAAAUGGUUGGACGUUAGAUAUUCAUCCCCCUGUAUAAUUAAUUAAGAACAUUUUUGUUUUUGAAGGCAACAUUGCCAACCUCGCCUCCCAAUUCCUCAACUCCUCAACAAUUUAAAUUGCAAACCAGUGACGUGGGUCAACAAAUAUCCAUAAUUGAAUAAUGUUGGCUACAGGGCACUUGUUAUUAUAAAUGUGUUUUUUUUUUGUAUUAAAACCCAGAUAUUUUUUUAAUGUUUUAUUUCGUAAUUAAUUAGUAAUUAGAUCAGUUAAUUGGCCAACUAAUUAAUCAGUAAUCAAUGUUUUGUGCUAUUGGCCCGAGUAAUAAAGGAUGUGUUUCUGUGGAGCAAGAAUAAAUAAAUGAGUUUAAUAGAAA